GUUUCGCCGCCCCCGAUUGGCUGGCGUGUGGACGGUGGGCGGGGCCGGCGGGGCCAACGUCCUUUCCGGCGGAAGAAGGGCCUCUCCCUCGCGCCGUUCCUUCUUUUCCACCGCCGCCAUCAUGGGUCGCAUGCAUGCUCCUGGGAAGGGCCUGUCCCAGUCCGCGUUGCCCUACCGCCGCAGCGUGCCCACGUGGCUGAAACUUACUUCUGAUGAUGUAAAGGAACAGAUCUACAAGCUUGCUAAGAAAGGGCUGACACCCUCACAAAUAGGUGUCAUCCUGAGGGAUUCCCAUGGUGUUGCCCAGGUUCGCUUUGUUACAGGCAAUAAAAUUUUGAGAAUCCUUAAAUCGAAGGGACUGGCCCCAGAUCUUCCAGAGGAUCUGUACCACUUGAUCAAGAAAGCUGUUGCUGUUCGCAAACAUCUUGAGAGGAACAGGAAGGAUAAAGAUGCCAAGUUCCGCCUGAUUCUGAUUGAAAGCAGAAUCCAUAGGCUGGCUCGCUACUACAAAACCAAGAGAGUACUGCCACCCAAUUGGAAGUAUGAAUCAUCGACAGCUUCUGCCCUGGUCGCAUAAGAGCUGGCUAUGACUGACUGAAAAGAAUAAAUUUUGAUUAACUUUG